AUAUGAUAUGGUAUGAGCCGACCGACCCGUUGAUUUCGUCCCAGUUUCCCGUCAACUAACCCAACAACCAAAGUCACCAAAUCUUGUGGAAAUUGGGGGUUGUAUUCUAUUUGAUUAUGGAACAAGAUCCAUCUCCGGCAACAGAUACAUCGCGUGCCCAUCAUUCUUCUGAAGAUCGUGAAAUGGAUUUUCCUUUCACCGGAGCUGAUUCGGCUUCCUCCCUUUGGGACUGGGGUGAUCUCCUGGAAUUAACCACUGACGAUUACUUUCCCAUUUCGUUUGACGAUUACAGUUUAUCCCCUUCUCCUUUGGAAGCUCCAGCUCCGGAACCGGAUACAGUUCCGGCUUCCGAUCGUGUGAGGAAGCGGGACCCGAGGAUGACUUGUUCCAAUUUUAUAGCGGGUCGAGUCCCGUGCGCCUGCCCCGAGAUAGACGCGCAGCUGGAGAAGCUGGAAGAGGAAGAGACGGGGGCUCCGGGGAAGAAGAGGGCCCGAACUGGUCGACCUGUGUCGGGCAUGUAUCGGUGCCAAGUUCCGGGUUGCGAAGUGGAUAUUAGCGAGCUUAAGGGUUAUCAUAGGAGGCAUAGAAUUUGCUUACGAUGCGCCAAUUCCAGAACCGUUUUGAUCGAUGGAGAAACCAAGAGAUAUUGUCAACAGUGUGGCAAGUUCCAUCUGCUCUCCGAUUUUGAUGAAGGUAAGAGGAGUUGUCGAAGGAAACUAGAGCGUCACAACAUUAGACGGAGAAGGAAGCCUGCUGGUUCUAUGACUGCAGUCAAUAAAGAAUCUCUAGGUGCUGUGCAAAGUGAUGGCAUAGCUUGUGAUGGCGAGGCCGGAAAAGAUGGUUCAAACUUGAGUGGCCAGAUAGCUGAAGAAGAACCAGCCUUUGAGUCUGAAGAUGGGCUUGUUUCUGCUCAUUGCUCAGCGCCUGCUUUGGAGAAUAUUCACAAUGAUAGUGUAGUAACUCUUAUUGACAAUGAAACAGAUGGAGGGAAAAAUGAUUCCAAGUUUUCAAAUUCUCUUUCUUACUGCGACAGUAAGACUGCAUACUCAUCCAUGUGCCCUACAGGCAGGAUCUCAUUCAAGCUUUAUGAUUGGAAUCCAGCAGAAUUCCCGCGAAGACUUCGGCACCAAAUUUUUGAAUGGUUGGGGAACAUGCCUGUUGAGUUGGAAGGCUACAUCCGUCCUGGUUGCAUUAUCUUGACUGUGUUCAUUUCGAUGCCAACAAAUAUGUGGAUGAAGUUAUCUGAAAAUCCAAUGACCUAUGUGCACGACUUUGUCUUUAGACCUGGAAGGAUGUUAUUUGGGAGAGGCUUCAUGACUAUUUAUCUUAAUAACAUGAUUCUCCGUACUAGGAAAGAUGGAACUUCAAUGGUGAAAAUUGAUGCAGAGUUGCAGUCCCCAAGACUUCACUAUGUUCAUCCUUCAUAUUUUGAGGCUGGCAAGCCGAUGGAGUUUGUUGCUUGCGGAAGUAAUUUGCUGCAUCCCAAAUCUCAGAUUUUAGUAUCUUUCGCUGGAAGAUAUCUCCCGUAUGAUUAUCAUGUUGCAUCCUCAAAUGUUCAUAGUAAAGAGGACUAUCCUAGUUGUGAUCAUCAAUUAUACAAAAUAUAUGCCCCUCAAACUGAACCAGAUAUCUAUGGUCCUGCAUUCAUUGAGGUUGAGAAUCAGUAUGGAUUGUCAAAUUUUAUUCCCAUCCUAAUCGGAGACAAAGAAGUUUGUUCCGAGAUGAGGUCAAUACAGCAGAGUUUUGAUGCAUCUGUAUCUCGAGAAGGUUCAGAAUUUUCUGCCACUGGGUCCUUUUUUGAGGCAUGUGAAGCAACAACUUUAAGACAAAGAGCGUAUUCCGAGCUUGUCUUAGAUAUAGCAUGGUUAUUGAGGGAGCCUAAAUUGGAAAAUUUUCAAGAAACUAAGGCCUCUUCUCAGAUUCAAAGAUUCAAUCGGUUAUUGAGUUUUCUCAUCCAAAACAAAUCUACGGUCAUUUUGAAGAAGAUAUUACAAAAUCUGAAGAUUGUGGUGGGGAAGAUGGGAGUUAACGGAGCUAAUGAAUCUGAUAUAAUGUUAUUACAGAAAUAUAUGGAGAAUGCUAGAGAUAUCCUCAGCGACGAACUUCAGAAAGCUGAAAUUCCUGAGAUUCGUUCAGAGUACAUUGAGCGAGUUUUGGAGGAAAACACUAAUGGUAAAUUACAAACAAUGAUGGCACCAACUACCUCUGGUAGAAGCGAAGAUACUGUUCCGCUUUUAAACAAAGAAACUAUCAUGAAUGUGGACCCCAGCAAGGAUUGCAGGACAAAAUCGUGUAGUUUUGCCACCACGAGAUUGAGUUCCCGUCAGGCCAUAUUAGUAAUCGCAACUGCAGCUAUUUGCUUAGCCAUGUGUGCAGUCAUUUUCCACCCGAACAGAGUAGGUGAGUUUGCAGUAACUCUACGCAGGUGCUUGUUCGACAGACGAAACAAUUAGCACACAUGACCAGACAAGGUAUGUGCUUUCAACAAAAUGUAAAUAUAUGUAUGCUAGUGUUUGAUGAAAUCACUCAGUCCAAAAGCUUCAGCAUUUUGUUGAGCUUCUAGCAGUUUUGAGUUCAGUUUUCGAGAUUUAUUUGACACUGGUUCCUGAAUCCAAGUGGGAAACCUAGAAGUUGUA